AUGGUUAAUACUGAAACAUAUACUGAAAGAGCAUCUAAACAUCCAUCUAAAGUUGCACAACGUUUAUUCCAAUUAAUGGAAAGUAAAAAAACCAAUUUAUGUGCAUCAAUUGAUGUUCCAACAACAAAAGAAUUUCUUUCACUUAUUGAUAAAUUAGGACCAUUUAUUUGUCUUGUUAAAACACAUAUUGAUAUUAUAUCUGAUUUUUCAUAUGAAGGUACUAUUUUACCAUUAAUUGAAUUAUCUAAAAAACAUAAUUUUAUGAUUUUUGAAGAUCGUAAAUUUGCCGAUAUUGGAAAUACAGUUAAAUUACAAUAUACUUCAGGAGUUUAUAAAAUUUCAUCAUGGAGUGAUAUAACUAAUGCUCAUGGAGUUACAGGUAAAGGAGUUGUUGAAGGUUUGAAAAAAGGAGCUGAUGAAACUACUAAUGAACCAAGAGGUUUAUUAAUGUUGGCUGAAUUAUCUUCAAAAGGUUCUUUAGCUUAUGGUGAAUAUACUAAUAAAACUAUUGAAAUUGCUAAAAGUGAUAAAGAAUUUGUUAUUGGUUUUAUUGCUCAACGUGAUAUGGGUGGUCAUGAUGAAGGAUUUGAUUGGAUUAUAAUGACUCCUGGUGUUGGUUUAGAUGAUAAAGGUGAUGCUUUAGGUCAACAAUACAGAACUGUUGAUGAAGUUAUAAGUACUGGUACUGAUGUUAUUAUCGUUGGUAGAGGAUUAUUUGGUAAAGGAAGAGAUCCUGAAGUUGAAGGUAAAAGAUAUAGAGAAGCCGGUUGGAACGCCUACUUGAAAAAAACCGGUCAACUUGAAUAG